AUCGAAACCUGCAACGAAUCUUGUGCGAGAGAGCACCACAUAGUUGACCAUGUGGCGGCUAAGAAUGGAAAUUCCUCCGAACGUCAGAGUAUAUAAAACACACGAUGCUGUGGAAGAUGUCUGAAGUAAUACACUGAUUUCGAGGAGGACCGCAAUAUGACACGGGACUUUGUUAAAAAUGUGAACAAUUGUUAUGUGACUACAAGAGCCAGGCCCUUGCGAUUUGCUGAGUGCUACGGGCGGGCUACAUUUCCCAUUGCAGUUUCCCUUCUCAUUACAAUUUUUUUUUCCCUUCACGAGAAGGAAUUACAGAUAGUAUUCUACUUGUGAUUUGCAUAAUUGCAUAAGAAGAUUAUACAGUCGAACUAGAAAUAGAAUAACUUGAUCGUAUUUGAUUUAGCUUGCAAAAAAAAGUCAUGGCGCACAAGUUUUUGAGUUCCGUGCCGUCAAUCUACAAGCAGGGUGCUGGCGAAGACAAGGGAGAUGUCGCGCGACUCCAGGCUUUUAUCGGCGCAAUUGCCAUCGGCGACUUAAUCAAAUCCACCCUCGGUACUACUACGACACAAGCCUGUGAUUUAGUGAGUCUAUCUGCCUUUACUGUUGAUCUCUCAUUUAGGUUCUCGAGUGUUUUCAGCAUGGCAUUUCCGUUCUUCAAAACGACUCUUCGUCUAUCAAAUACAUGAACCAAGAUCAUCAACCUCAGGUCCAAAGGGUAUGGAUAAGAUUUUACAGCCUCUUCCUGGAGAGGGAGCCUCCAAGGAGACGACAGUUACAAACGAUGGAGCAACAAUCCUUAGUCGCGUCUGGGUCGAUAAUCCUAGUGCAAAAAUUCUUGUCGACAUAUCCAAGGCACAGGAUCAAGAAUGCGGAGAUGGUAAGGGGAUAAGUGGCUAUCAUUAUAUGAUAGUGUUCAACUUCUUCAUGUUCGAUGCUUGAUCUUCAGUGUUCGAAAAAGAGUUCGUGGUGCCUGCUCUUCUUUCAUCGAUGAUUUUGUCUUUUUGAAGUAUCAUACCUCAUCAACCACAACCUUUUGCUUAAACUUCUUCUACUCGUUGUACCCCAAACCUCCAUUCUCUAUUUCCAUUUCAGGUACAACAUCAGUUGUGGUCUUAGCGGCAGAACUAUUGCGACAGGCAGAACAGUUGGUGCAACAGAAAAUGCACCCCCAAGUUAUCAUCAAGGGAUACCGUAUUGCGGUCGAAGCCGCACGAACUCAGUUAGAGCAGUGCGCUUUUGAUAAUGGUAUUACAGGAUUUUGUUUAGUACCAUCUUUUGCAGAGCGUGCUUGACCAACUCGUAGUCGUCUCGAGCAAAGUUCUAUAGCAAGAUCAGACAAUACUUCAACAUUCGACGUCAUUCGUGCAUCAAUCAACAUGCGACGUCACGGUCACCCUAACAAUUAAUAUCAACAUCAACCACUUCCACUAUCUUCCAUCAGGCAAAGAUGAAGAGAAGUUGCGAGCGGAUCUGAUCAAGAUCGCAGAAACGACUUUGAGCUCAAAGUUGUUGAAACACGAGAAGACUCAUUUUGCGACACUUGCGGUAGAUGCUAUUCUCCGACUAAAGGGAAGACCAAACUUGGAUUAUAUUCAGGUAUUUGAUAAUAUUCUCGUAGCAAAAAUCUUCCUCAGUUUAUCUUUACGGAAAUGUUUGACUUUCUUUUCCCUAAAGAGUUUGUCUACUUCUACUAUCGUUUCAUUACUGUCAUUUCAUAACGCCAGUCUCUUAUGACUGUUCAUAAAAGCAACUUCUCCUAUAAACCAUUCUAGGUCUUGAAAAAAGCUGGUGGUGCAGUUAAGGAGUCAUAUUUGGAGCCGGGUUUUAUUCUGGAAAAGCGAAUCGGAGUUGGCAUGCCCAAGAGCAAAACGGGUUGCAAGGUACAUAGAGAAAUAGGCAUUGUAGCUACAUCUUCUUGUUGAAGGGCUACCAUGUCGAGAUGGUGCAGAGAUUUUUUAUUACAGGUUUGUAGGACAACCCACUAACAACCACCAUAGGGAAUGAAAUCCAAAAAUGACCUCGUGCCCCGUCUCCAGCUGUCUACACGACAGCUACCACUGAAGACUAUUAACUUGGCUCUUGUGUUAUAUUUUUUUGUCCAAAGAAACUGAAGGAUUUUGGUCUUCUUCGGUUCAAAACAUUAUUACAGGUUUCCUUUCUUGCAACAAGACUCUACUACCUUCCUCCUCCCCACCUAAAAACCCGAUUAGGUUUGCGUUGCCAGCACUCCUAUGGAUGACUCUAUCUUUCUCCUCCCCCCUUAAAAUAUCCCGAUUAGGUUUGCGUUGCCAACCUUAGGUUUGCGUUGCCAACCUUAGGUUUGCGCUGCCAACCUUAGGUUUGCGUUGCCAACACUUAGGACUCUUUUUUUCUCCUCCCCACCUUAGGUUUGCGUUGCCAACACUCCUAUGGAUAGCGACAAGAUCAAGAUUUUCGGAAGCCGAGUGAAGGUUGACUCCCUAGAAGCUAUGGCCGAAAUCGAGAAGGCUGAGAGGGAUAAGAUGAAGCGCAAAGUUGAGCAAAUCUGCGAAACUGGUUGCAACGUCUUUAUCAACCGACAGCUCAUUUACAACUAUCCGGAAGAACUCUUCAAAAAAGCAGGAGUCACAUGCAUCGAACACUCCGAUUUCGAUGGUACUACUAAGAUUGACUAAGUUAAUGAUAUUUUUGUAUUUUAGAAGCAGGUGGAACAUGAUUUUGCAAUCAACAUUUGUACAACCUACCCUUUUCUUCUUGUAGUUCACUCCAGCAAGAACCAUGUUGAUCCUGGAUAAUUCCCAGUUUGUCUUCCUCCAUGAUUUUCAUUUUCAUCUUCUCCUCUAUAACAAAGGUACGGAGCGCCUCGCCGCCGUUCUGGGUGGCGAUAUCGUGUCAACGUUUGAUGAUCCGAGCAAGAUUAAGUUGGGAGAGUGCGACCUUAUCGAAGAAAUUAUGAUCGGCGAAGAUAAGGUUAUUCGAUUUAAAGGCUGCAAGGAGAAUGAAGCAUGCACUAUCGUGCUCAGGUAGCAUUUGCUUAUAUUUGAGGCUCUGAAUUUGGGUUUUGUAGUAAGGUUUUUUUCUAUUUUCUUUGAGGAAACACAAAAUCUGUAAUCCACUUCUUCACGUAACCUACACUUUAUGUACUUCUUCGACAACAUUAGGAACCUUGAUUUACAACUCAGGGGUGCAUCAACGCAUGUGCUUGACGAGGCUGAAAGAAGUUUGCACGAUGCCUUGGCGGUUUUGUUCCAAACAGUUACCCAGGAUACGCGCGUUAUUUGCGGUGGUGGCUGCACUGAAAUGGCCAUGAGCCGAGCAGUCUUGGAAAGAGCAGCGACGGUAAAAAUCAACUAGAAGAGUCACUAGUAUUAGAGUCAAUAUGUUGUUUGCAAGAUCACUAGCUUGUAACACGACUUCGAGGAUUGAUUAUUAUUGUUACAACACACACAAGAAUCUUCGACCAGGACAAAGGUUCAUCUUCGUAAUAUUCGUAUUUUAGCCUUUCCAGCAUCCUCUCCACAACUACUUUCCACAGGUCGGCGGCAAAGAGUCUGUUGCCGUUGAAGCUUUCGCGAAAGCCCUCACCCAAAUCCCGAUGAUUCUGAGUGAGAACGCAGGUAUGGAUGCACAAGAAAUGGUGGGUGAACUCAAGAAGGCUCACGCCACUGGUAAAAUCACGAGUGGUAUUGACGUCAUCAAGGAGAAGGUUGCCGACAUGGAGGCCUUGGGCAUUUACGAGUCCUACCGUAGUAAGCUGUCAGGCUUGUGCUCGGCAGCCGAGGCAGCGGAACAGGUAAUCCGCGUCGACGACAUCAUCCGAAACGCACCGAGACAGCGCGAGGGAAUGUAAAAGGGAGAUUCUUCAUCGAGUAGUAGAAUAGAGGUGGUAGAAGUACUUAGAAGUGCUGAGGACUAUUGUGGCGUGUUGUGUUGCUACAGGGUCUGAGAAGGUCCACUUCAGAUUCUCCACGAAGAAAUAACGCGACACCUGUGGAGGAGAACGAGGCUUCUGUGGUAGAAGAACUCCUGCAACAACGAGUACCAGAAAGAACUUGCACCUCGUCACCACUACUUCCUCUUGAAGAACUACCUUCGUACUAGACAGUAAGGAGAAAUCCGUUUAGUACCGAGCUUCCUGCUGAUGACGACGUGCCUUUCGCGAAGACCAUGUUCGGAAAUAGCUGUAUCUCUUGUUGUUGGUAAUAGCACUCAAAAGACAAGCGUGAGAACGAUAUCCUAUAGUUUUAUGGCACCCGUGAAUUAAUAGAUCAGUUUGAAGACCAUUGUUAUGAACGUUAGAAACCUUCCCUGCUGAACAGACAUGCCCAGAGCCUGGGAAAAUUGCCCAUGAUUUCUUGUUACGUACGACCCAGAACGAUAAUUAGUACUACGACAUCUUUUAGACUGCUUCUGUAUCACAUUGUUCUUGAAACCACCAGCAUAGAUCCUGUUGUUAGAGUUGUUGGAAGCGAAACCCAGAUAACGGCUCCAAGACACGCGAACGACGACAGUUGGAAGACGUGUUUGCGCAAGCAUACGCACUUUAGUG